AAGUCCUUCCGCCUCUGCUCGGCUCCGUGCUCUGUUCAGUUCCGCCCUCGGCCGGGUGCGCAAGGUCGUGUCCCGGAAGUAAAGGGGCCAUGUUGAUGGGUGACCCCGAGAGAGGUACUGGGAAGAGAGGCGAGUCCUGAAGAGUGGUAGCGAGCGCUCCCCGCGGAGUGUGGCACCCAGCCCCUGUGAGUCCCCCAUGGCCCCGUGGAGCCGAGAGGCUGUGCUCAGUCUGUACCGGGCUCUGCUGCGCCAGGGCCGAGAGCUCCGCUACACUGAUAGAGAUUUCUACUUUGCCUCUGUCCGCCGGGAAUUCCGGAAAAAUCAGAAGCUCCAGGAUCCAGUCGCCCGGGAGAAGCAGCUGGAGAAGGGCCUGGUCUUUCUCCAUAGCAAACUUGGGGGUCUUGUUUAG